AUGUUUUUACAAAAGAAUUCACACUGUAUCCACAUUAUUGGUGGAGACUUCAAUGGUUGGCAUCCUUUGUGGGGUUCACCUCGAGCCAACCGACGAGGAAAUAGCAUCGUAGAUCUUAUCACAACUAAUAAUCUCAUUAUUUGUAAUUCUGGUAGUCAUCCAACUUUUGAAACUAUAACUCAUGGCAUACAUCGGGAAUCGAUUAUUGAUCUCACGCUCACACUCAACUCGCCACCAAAUCAAGUACUAAACUGGAAAAUUACCAAAGACCCAAGUCCAUCAUCAAGUCAUAAUGGUAUCAUCUUUGAUUUACACAUAAAUAAAAACUCUUUAAUUAAAGCAAAGAAACUUUCAACCUACAAAUAUAACACGAAAAACAUAAAAUGGGACCAGAUAAAAGAUGUAUUUAAAAAAGAAAUUUGCGAACACUUAAACUUAAAUAUUAAUAUUGAACAAUUAAAUUCUUCAGAGCUCGAAAAUUACGUGUCAAAAUUAACUUUAGCUAUACAAAAUGUCUGCAAGAAGUUAUUUUCACAAAAAUGCAAUUUCACACAGAGAGCCCAAUGGUGGAGUGAUAAACUAGAGGAGUUAAAACAAAAAGUAUUAAAGAAUCAUCACAAACUACAGAAAUUAAAACGCGGCAAAAAAAUCCCUGACGGAGGCAUUAAUUGA